AUGGCUACACGCUCCUUAUUUAUUCUGUCUGCACUUGCUGGCCUCACUACAGCUGGGCCAUGCAAGCCUGGAAGCUCGUCAUCGGUUUUCCCGGACGAUGUCGCCACCAUCAAUACCUUGACCGGAACAAUCUCACUCUCAACUACAAAGGCCUCGGCACCUACCGUGGCUACCACUGAUGAGACUUUGCUUGGCUCAGACACGACUGCACUCAUCUCUUACUCCAUGGAUGUAACUUCAACCACGUCACUGGCUACCGAGUUUUCUUCAGAUACUACUACUGACACAACGGAGACCACCGGCGCAGAUCCUACUGCUGAUCCUACCACCGACACAACUCUGACAACGCUAUGGACAUCUCUAGCCUCGACAGAAACCACUACUGAGCCAGCAACGACGACAUCAGAAGCUUCGGUACCAGAGCUCACGUGCCCCGAUGCGAGAGGCAUGUGCUUUGGUACCAUUGAGAUCAAAUGCAACUACGCGGCCUUCGGAGACUUCAGACAGCUUGAAGGUGUUUCGACGCUUCGCCGGUGCGUUGUAGCGUGCCAGGAGGAUUCGGCUUGCAAUUUCUUUGUCCUCCAGCCAGAUGGGAUAUGUAACCUAUCAGUGGAUGCACAGGUUUUGGCUCGAGCAGUAUCUGCGGAUUACAUAACUGGUUUUAAAGACACAUGUGGUCAAGGAAGCACUUGA